CCAAACACCAUAAAAACAGAGCAUUAAUAGACCCAAAAAAUCUUCACUAAAAUUUUCAAUUGUUUUUCACACACAAAACAGAGACCUGCCUCAAGUUUCCUAUCAAUGGCGGCUAACAAGAAUUCCCAUCUGGGUUUCUCUUUAAUCUCUCUAAUCUUCUUGUUUUCAAUUCCCAAAUCACUCUCAGCCCUUGAUCCUGAACCCGCAGUUUGGGAUAUGCUUCCCAAAUACGGUCUCCCUAGUGGGCUUUUACCCAGCACAGUCACCGACUAUGUCCUCCACGAAGAUGGGAGGUUCAUCGUCACGUUGGACAGCCCUUGCUACGUUCAAUUCGAGUACUUGGUCUACUACGAUAAGACCAUCACCGGAAAACUGGGUUAUGGUUCCAUUACUGAUUUGAAAGGUAUUCAGGUGAAGCGAUUCUUGUUUUGGCUCGAUGUCGAUGAGAUCACCGUCGAUUUGCCACCUUCCGGUUCUAUCUAUUUCCAAGUUGGGUUUAUCAACAAGAAGCUCGACGUUGACCAGUUCCAGACCGUCCAUUCUUGCCGUGAUGGGGUUACUGGCUCUUGUAAAUAUUCUUGGAAAUCAGUUCUUCAGCUUCCGAUGCCAACAAACGAUAUUCAGAUGCUAAUUACUGAGUAGCUGCCAGCCACAGAGUACUGUUGCUGUAUGUGAAACCGAUAGGAGUAAGCUUUUAUCUAUCACUUGUGUAUAAAAGGAAUGGGAGUGAAGUACUUGAUGGUUGCAGACUCAAAAAAGAUGGGUCUGUCAAUGGCUUGCCAAAAUGUGCUAUAAGUAAAAAAAAAUGUACUUAUAUUUGAACUCAAGUUUUAAAGUAUGAGAUGUGAAGAACAAUGUUGGCCACGACUUUUGUAGUGAUAUUGUUAUAUGGAUUCAAGUGUUUGUCCAACCCCUAUACUAUUAAUAAGUGAGUAAAUAAGUUACUCUAUAAAACAAAUGGAGUAAUUAUGGAGUAAAAA